AUGACCAUUCGGCCGAUUAAGAAGAUUAAAGUGGAGCAAGAAAAUGAGCAGCCGGUGAAUGAAGACCCUUUUCACGGACUGUCCACUAUUCCGGAAAUCUUAAACAUGGCAUACGCUCAGGAGGUGGAGACAAGAUACAUCUCCGUCAUUGAGACCAUCAUUCUCAGGCUGAACUCAGAGGAAAGCGAGAAAAUAUGGAUAUACGGGCCCAAGAAAAUAACAGACCACAUCACAGCGGUAGUUGCCAACGUAACUGCCAGAUCGCUGGAUGCGCUCGUUAAAAAGAUAUCGUACGACAUAGAAAACAUCCAUCUCUUCGAUCUUUCAUCGAAUAGUCUGAAGAAAACGCGGUCCAUCCUGUACAGAGUCCUGGAGAAAACAAAUCCCCUGGGAAUGGCAAAAAGCAAAUUUAUUUUCCAAAUACCGAGAGUGGCAGAUAUGAUGAAACUAGACAAAAGAAUAGUAAGCAGAAUGGACGGGAUAAAAGCGUACGUUAAAGAGCUGCAGGAGAACGCGUACAUCAAGAUUUUCAGCAGAGUGAUAGAAGUGCUAAAGGAGAAAGAGGAAGAGUAUGGGAAGAAGUCUGUUUCCUUCGACUUUCCAAGGAUAAACAGUAACUUGGAGGAGUUUGUGCACUUCUCGUAUCUCAUGGAUAAUUCGUACGAGGGGAUGUCUCUCCGCUUUUUCAAGUACAUCUACGAUGUAAAAGAGCCCAAUCCGUAUAAGCUCCUCAACUCCAUCCACCUGAUUAUUCUCAUGGCUGCGACAAUAAAGAGAGUGACUCUGUGCAGCGUCUACGAGGAGUUUGAAAGAAGAGUAAACAAUGUUCCGCAUUUCAAAAAAAUAUCCAAGGACACGGUGUUCAGAAGACUGACCGAUCUGAUGUCGCUGGGGCUGAUAGCCAGAGGAUACUUUACAAGCGAUAGACUGGAGCUAGAGGCAGAGAUUCUGUCAAGAGACGAGGUAUAUCUUAAAGUUAUGCUGGAGAGAGUGAAGAAGUACUGGACAAAACAGAUAUAA